AUUUAAAGGUUGAUAACAAUUAUAAUAAUGGGAAUAGUACACCUAGACCUAGUGAUCUGAGUAAUUCUUCUAAAGAUAUGAAUGUUCUAAAAAAAAUAAUUAAAAGUAAUUUAAAAUCCUUUUUACAAGUAGCAUCCACUGGCGGCAGUAAAAAAGUGUCACCAAUAUCAACCCCAAAAGUAUCACCACCAAAAUCUUUUUCUGAAAAAUCUGAUCAGGAAAAAAUUGAUAUAAAUGAGAUUCCUAUCAUG